AUGGUGAAGAAGAAUAACAAAAGGCCCGGCACCAAGGGCGCUUCGGUCCAAAACGGAGGAUCGUCUGGCGACAUUGCUUCUCCGGCAGACAAUACCAACACCUCGCUUUUUUCUGAUAGCUCACUGCAGUUUCCAACGACUCUGAAGGAAGCCCUGAUCAAGCCUGAACAGCUCUACCACAGAAAAGAGGGUCUGCUGUUGGACUACGACGCCGAAUUUGUGUCCGACGCCAAGGCUGAAGGUACAUUCAAGCCCAAGGCCGACCGGGAAUACAUUCUCUCAUUCCCCGAGAUCGACGAUUCUGAUUUUCCUGCAGAGGAGUGCCCUACUCUGACAUUUCAGGAACACGCACAGAUAAGAGAUGCAAUCGCCUCUCCCAAGACGAAGGAGCUGUCUCCUGCUGUGGAAAAGAAGCUCAAAGAUAUUUACACGAGAAACAAGGAUCUUAUUGUUCUGAGCAUGUCUGGAGGAGAUCCGCGAGGUCUAUCUGACCUCUAUUUGCGUGUGUGUAUGCAAACUCGAUGUGUCAGAUUCAUGCGAAGUGAUCAGAUUCUUCUCUGGGUUACCAGUAUGGAGCUGUAUCGUGCAGAGGCUAGAGAUAAGGAGGUGGAGAUCCUCAAGAAGGCUCCUCAGUACAAGGCGAAGCAGGCUGUGUUCAACUUUGCGCCCCUCCGUGACAAGUUCCUUGAUAUUGCUUGCCACAGCGUUAUGCAAAAGUUUUCCUACAGUUCUACACGACUAGGAGUGCCAUGGGUUCAAAAUCACGAGUUCUAUAUCAUGUUGGAAGCUAUCAAGCACGUUGUGUUCUCAGAUGGUGUAUCUUCUCCCUUGAACAGACUUCUUGACAAAUAUCAGCAAGUGAUCAGAAUUCAGGAUACUCUGCGUCUCUACAACCGUCCUGCGGUAGAUAAAGGUGCAGCUGAGCGUAAGAGUAUCUGUGGGAAACUCGCUCUCAGUCGGCAUUUCAAAGACCCCAAGGAGAUCAGUGACUUCAUUAUUCAAACUUUUGCUAGUUGGGUGCCCAACUGUCGAGGUUUGAGCUCUCAAAUGAGACGCAAGAUUGACGAUGCCCCCAAGCGUGAAGUGAAAGCAUGUGCCAAGAACUACGAAAGCCGUUUCUUCACCCGGUAUCGAUCAUAUGCAGACGAUACUAUGGAACGGAUGUCUCAGUGGGAGAUUGCUGCCCUGGGCAAGAAUGAAAAUAACAUUGUGUGCUCAGCUGAUAUGCUUACUGAUGUUUAUGUUGAUCCGAAGAAUCCAGAAUUGCUACGAGGAAAGGUUUGUCUCGCUGAAGGAGGAUAUCUUGAAGCUGUUUAUGAUGACCGCGCACGGCGCGAUCGCAACGUUCUAAGCUCCACUUACGAAAUCAUCUCUCGCCCCUUUGAUGAUCCUGGUACCCUGUUCGUCAAGAAGGGUAACUUUUCAAGAGUUGUAUCUGUGUUGAAGGACUGUGGCCAAGAGGAUGCUAUCUUUGUGCAGAUGCCCCUGAAGGAAGACACUCUCUCGCUGACCAAAAACAUCAAUAACUGUGAUUUUCUGAAUGGUAACGGUGUCCGCUUCUCUACCAUGAAUCGUGAAUCUCGAAACAUACCGAAGGCUCACCAUAAGACGCCCUUUACCACCCCGUUCUCUGCUUUUUACACCCCCACUUCUUUCCGCUCCCCUAUGCCUCUUGAUACAGUAUUGAUUGAUAUAAGUGGCCCUUAUCCCAUGACUCUGACGGGAUGCCAAUGGCUUAUGGUUGUCUUCGAUUAUAGCUCCCUGGCUUUCUUUACUGUCACUGCCAAGUCUCUGGCAUCCUUGAAUAGAGAGAUGAUUAAAUGGCUCGAUGAGACUCCCAGACGAUUGUUCCCUCGCCAUUAUAAGUCCGAGCCGUUGGUCGGCUGUAUCCAAUAUCAUGGACCUGACUCCUCUCCUGCCGCUCCCUAUCAUAAGAACAUUCCUAACUCUCCUCGAAAAGCACUGUUUGAGCAUUGCAAGGAGAAGCGCAUCUUUCUGCAGGAUUACCAGGGUAUGCGUUACUCACGAUACCAUACAUCCACUCAAUCAGAGCGUCAGACUACACAGGUUGUUGAAGAGCUGGUGCUCAUUCCUGCCAGAAAUGCUCUGUGGCAGUGCAAGAUAACGGAAUCCCGAAAAGAGCAACUCUGGGAUUACGCUGUGGAUUAUGUUGUUCAGAAACACAAUCACACGUUUGAUGUCGGUAUUGGAAGCUAUGUCGUGGAAUGGGGCUUGCCACCCACACCUUACGCUAAUCUCAGUAUGCCGCUGCUCUUGCACGGUGACGAUGACAGACGAAAUGACCUUACGCGGGAGCUCUAUCAUCAGUACUUCUUUGGAGACCCCAUGAAUCCAGGCUUCUGGGUUCUCAAGUGUGUAGGCAAGGUGCUGUAUGUCUACGACGAAAUGAACAAUACAGUGGCCACCACUGUUCUAAAGACACCUGCCUAA